AACUUACUUUCUAGUUUUUACUUAAAGGGAACAUUUUUAUGGAAACUGUGGUUGUCAAAGAGUAAUAAGGGCAGGUUGACUGUUCACCUAUACAUCCAUGCUUUUUUUAUUUUAAUAAAAAAUCAUUUUAAUAGUAGAAUAAAAUAAACGAUUACUAUGUAAUAUUUAAUUAUUUUCCUUUAUUUGAUGAACUUGGAAAGAACAGGACUGAAGUAAAUAUUAAUAUUACAUUUAUUUUAAUACUUUUGGGUAUUGUUUGGGUGAAAAAUACAUUUACUGUUUUUUUUGUUGUUGUUGUUUGUUUUGUUUUAUAAGUUCAUGUAGAGGUAAAACUAAAUUGUUCAGAUUUUUUGUUCUUAUUUUAUAGCUCAUUAUUUAAUUGUAUUUUUUAUCGUUUUAAAGUCUCGUGUUUUGUUUUAAUUUUUGUAUAAGUAAAAUAAGAAAAAAAACGAAUACAUUAACAAAAUAAAAGUCUGGUAAUUUUGUUUUGAAAAUCGUGAGAAAUGUUCUCGCUGGCGCGCGCACACUUCCUGGAGCGAGCACGCAGCGUUAAGAACAUGACGUCAGCCGGCUACGUGCUUGAGCCUGCCUGAAAAUGUUCUCCCGUGUUGUUGGAUUUAGAAGGAGCGCAGGACUUUGCGGCGAAAUAAUGCCUUUUUAUCCGUGAAGAAGCCGGUCCUCGUCUUCUGGUAGUGAAGUGUUUGCGGCCCCGCUCUUUCAUGAAGCUGUGAUCUUUCCGGAGGGGAGUCUCCGAGGGGAAGUUUGAGUGAUCCUUUUUUCCCCGAAGUGAUGUCGAAUCCUGGGAGUCGGAGGAACGGGUCCAGCAUCAAAAUUCGAUUGACAGUAUUAUGUGCCAAAAACCUCGCAAAGAAAGAUUUCUUUCGCCUUCCGGAUCCGUUUGCUAAGGUGGUGGUGGACGGAUCGGGUCAGUGCCACUCCACAGACACAGUCAAGAGCACACUGGACCCCAAGUGGAACCAGCACUAUGACCUCUACAUUGGAAAGACGGACUCCAUCACCAUCAGCAUAUGGAACCACAAGAAGAUUCACAAGCGACAGGGGGCGGGGUUUCUGGGUUGUAUACGACUGCUUUCUAACGCCAUCAGCAGGUUAAAAGACACAGGAUACCAGCGACUAGAUCUAUGUAAGCUCAACCCCUCUGACAGUGAUGCAGUCAGAGGUCAGAUUGUAGUGAGCCUGCAGACCCGGGACCGCAUCGGCAGUGGUGGGCCUGUGGUGGACUGCAGAGGGCUGCUGGAGAACGAUGGGCCCGUCUUUGAGGGCUGCUUCAGCGAAGAGCCGCUGCCGUACUCGGACUCCACCGGUGCUGCAGGGGGGUGGAGCUGCCGGCUGGAAUCGCCCGUUCAAGAGAACCAUCUGCAGACGCAACGGAUCCGAGGGCAGGACUCCAGAGGGCACGGCCACACCCCUCAGAACAGACCCCCCGGGCAUCAACCGCCUGACCUACCUGAGGGAUACGAGCAGCGAACGACGGUUCAGGGACAGGUGUACUUCCUCCACACACAGACAGGGGUCAGCACUUGGCAUGAUCCGCGGAUACCUCGGUAUGACCACACAGGAAACGAGGGAGCUCUCAGAACAAGCAGCUGCUGUAGAGAAGACGGCGGUCUGAGCAGAGAGGCAGCUUUACAGCGUCUGUGUGUCUGCAGGGACCUGGCCAGCGUGAGCUGCGAGGAGCUCGGCCCUUUACCUGUCGGCUGGGAGAUCCGCAGCACUGUCUCCGGACGCAUCUACUUUGUUGACCACAACAAUCGAACCACACAGUUCACAGACCCGCGCCUGCACAACAUCAUCAGCCAGCAGUCCCAGGCCAAGGAGUCGUCCCAGGCCCCCCAGAUGGACGUGGGGGUCGAGGAGGGGGGAGGCGGAGGAGUGAGUGGGAACGGAGGAGGGGACGGGGAGGUGGCGGCGCGCUACGAGAGAGACCUGGUGCACAAGCUGAAGCUGCUCCGCCACGAGCUGUCGCUGCAGCAGCCGCAGGCGGGACACUGCCGCAUCGAGGUGUCCCGGGAGGAGAUCUUUGAGGAGUCGUAUCGACAGAUCAUGAAGAUGAGGCCUAAAGACCUGAAGAAGCGGCUGAUGGUGAAGUUCAGGGGGGAGGAGGGCCUGGAUUAUGGUGGAGUGGCGAGGGAGUGGCUGUACUUGUUGUGUCAUGAAAUGUUGAACCCCUACUACGGCCUGUUCCAGUACUCCACAGACAACAUCUACACCCUGCAGAUCAACCCCGACUCCUCCAUCAACCCUGACCACCUGUCGUAUUUCCACUUUGUGGGUCGCGUGAUGGGCCUGGCGGUCUUCCACGGUCACUACAUCAAUGGCAGCUUCACACUGCCUUUCUACAAGCAGCUGCUGGGCAAACCCAUCCAGCUCAACGACCUGGAGACCACUGACCCGGAGUUACACAAGAGCCUGGUCUGGAUCCUUGAAAAUGACAUCACUUCAGUCCUCGACCACACGUUCUGCGUGGAGCACAACGCCUUCGGGAAAUUAUCCCAACAUGAACUCAAACCAAACGGCCGAAACGUCCCGGUCACCGAGGAGAACAAGAAGGAAUACGUGAGAUUAUACGUGAACUGGAGGUUCAUGCGUGGAAUCGAAGCUCAGUUUCUGGCUCUUCAGAAGGGCUUCAGUGAGCUGAUCCCACAGCACCUCCUCAAACCGUUCGACCACAAAGAACUGGAGCUGAUCAUCGGUGGACUGGGGAAGAUCGACCUCGCAGACUGGAAGACCAACACACGCCUGAAGCAUUGCACCAGUGAGAGCAACGUGGUGCGGUGGUUCUGGCAGGCGGUGGAGGCCUUCAGCGAGGAGAGGAGGGGGCGUCUGCUGCAGUUCGUCACGGGCUCCACCCGGGUCCCCCUGCAGGGGUUCAAGGCGUUGCAGGGCUCUACAGGUUCUGCAGGACCAAGGCUCUUCACCAUUCACUUGAUAGACGCCAACACAGACAACCUCCCCAAAGCUCACACAUGUUUCAACAGAAUAGACAUCCCUCCAUACGAGUCCUACGAGAAGCUUUAUGAGAAGCUGCUGACGGCCGUGGAGGAAACCUGCGGCUUCGCCGUGGAGUGACGAAUCCACCAGCGACUCUACAUACAGUCAUGCCUGCACUUGCACACAACUGUGUCACAUUAACACAAAUACACACACACAUACUCCAAAACGACAAAACAGCCAAGCCUCACAAGAACUCCGGUUCGCCGUGCGCCUCCGGACUGACGCGGCGGCGGGAGGAAGCACAGCGGCGCCAGGACAGAAGCAGAAAAGUAUUUUAAAAGAAAAAAGAAUUUUCAACCAGUUUUGGAAAAAGCAUUUCUACCCUUCAGUUUUAACAAGCUAUGAUGUCAUUCUUCUGAAUGUCUAACCACAAAAAAAAAACUUUUGUCGAGUCUCUGGACUGAAUCGGCCAAUCCCGCGCCGGCCCGCGAGCGGAGACUUCAGAGCGGAGAACAAGGAGUGUAACUCAUGCUUCACGUCUAACCACUUUGUGUUUUUAUGUCUGUGUGCAUGACAGAGAGUGUGAGUCAGUGUGAAUGUUGAUGUGUGUGUCCAGCAUGGCGCUCCAGUUAUGCUGUUUAAAAAAAUAAAAAAAAAAAAAAAAAAC